AUGGCUUGUCUAAAACUACCUUUUGAAGAACACCUAUCCUGUGACGAGCAAAUUAUUCCGUUUAAAUUUUGCAGUAGUAACAAUGAUACAUCUCCGAUGCCCAGCAAACCCAAUCUAGGAGCAGCCAGGUCUCCACUCGUCUUUUUUCGGCACCUAUGCCUGCAUGGAGAGUUCCUAGCCCCACAACAUCCAGACCAAGCCGCUGAAGACGCUGCAGAGUUUGUGAAGUCGCUCCGUCAACUGAUGAGAGACUUACGACCCAGUGACGGGUCAAGGCACAAUAAUCAAAAAAUUUUUGUUUUCAAAAACCUCGCCACCACGGAUCAGGUUUUUGUACGCCGAGACAGCUCGAAGCGUAUCCUGCAACAGCCAUACGACGGACCAUAUAAAGUUCUAAAGAGGAACGAGAAAACGUUUGUCGUCCACAUCAACGGACGUGAUACUACCGUCUCAAUUGAUAGACUGAAACCAGCCUACAUCGCAUCCGAGGAAACAAUCAACCCGGGUGGUCCUCACAAUAUCCAGAAAGAUAAUGUCAUCAGGAACCUCAGGACCACAAGAGCAGGCAGACAUGUCCGAUUCCCAGAUAGACUGCAAGGCGGUUUCAACUAA